AUGUGCCACCAGGAAAUUGACGCCAAUGGCUGGACCAGCAUCGCGGCUGAUGCUGGCGCCAUCUUCGGCGACCGGCCUUUUAUCAAUAAGCCAGACUCUCUCUCUAUCACCGAUAUUAAAUUUCCAUUUGAUGAUCCUGUGGUCGCGAAGACUUUGAAGUAUGCAAAGAAAACCCUGCAUCCCGGAACCUUCAACCAUUCGAUGAGGGUCUACUUCUACGGGAUGGCCAUUACCAAGCAGCAGUUCCCCGAGCGAGCUGCUACUCUCAACCCAGCGACUUGGGCCUUGACAUGUUUGCUGCACGAUAUCGGCACGGCCGAGGAAAACCUGACGGCAACCCGGAUGUCUUUUGAUCUAUAUGGGGGCAUCAAGGCCCUCUCUGUCCUUAAGGAUUUUGGCGCCACUGUAGAUCAGGCCGAGGCAGUUGCUGAGGCAAUCAUCCGACACCAGGAUAUGGGAGUGGAUGGAACGAUCACAUACAUUGGUCAACUUAUCCAGUUGGCCACGAUUUACGACAAUACCGGUCUCCAUCCGCACGUCAAGGGUUUUGCCGAAAUGAUCCACGAAACCACCCGCACGCAGAUCAAUGAGGCCUAUCCGCGCCUCAAGUGGUCUACAGUCUUCUCCGGUGUCAUUCGCAAGGAGGAGAAUAUCAAGCCCUGGUGCCAUUCCACUCAUCUUGUCAACUUUAGCAAUGAGAUUGAGGCCAACACCCUCAUGAAGCAGUGGGAGUGA